AUGAUAAAAGUUUGCCAUUUACCACAUGAAAAUACAGAAAAAUUUCAAUUAAUUCGAGAAUUAUUCGGUUAUUUAUUCGAUCCAAACAUUGAUAUAUACGUAUGGGGAUCAAUCGAUGUGUUAGAAAAAUUUAUGGAAUUUCAUUUAUUCUCAUCCAAUCAAAUUUAUCGAUCGAAUAAUAUUAAUUCUCAAGAUUAUUUUAAAAAUUAUUGGCAAGAUUAUCAUCCUCAUCAGUUAAUAUUAUCGUCAACUACCAAUGAUACAUCAUGUACUUGUGAAACAUGUCUUGGUAUUCAAUUAAAUAUUCCUUGGUCAUUGCAAGAUGUAGUAGGAUAUUUACUCAAUCAAUGGUUAGAUAAGCGAUACACUUCAAUUCAUCAAAUAUUAGUUCAUACGAACGUACUUAAUAAUGAACAGCAAACACGUGAAUCAUCACAACAACCAGAAUUAAAUGUUGAUCUUGUACAUGAACUUGAAAUAAUAAUAUCGAAUGAUUUAACUCCAAAAAAUCAACAUACAUCACCACAACAACCUAAUCAAGCAACGUCAGUUACAACAGUAUUAAUUCAAAACACAAAUAACAACAUAAAUGAUUUAGAAGAUAUAUCAUCGGAUGAUGAUAAUGAACAAUAA